AUGUGGCAGCCCAGCUGUGCUGAUUUUUCAUGGGCCAGUGAGAUCCGCACGGAAGAAAGAAAAGUGAUCUUGCAAGGAUUGGGCAAAAAUUGGAUUCGCACAAGAACAAAUCCAGGACAAAGAAUUUCCUUUGAACUUGUUAAACUAUGUAUAGACUGUAUAGAGGGUUUACUUCUUGGGAAUCUUGGGGACAUUUGGGGACCAUCCUACAUCAUCCUACUGCGAUUUGUGCAGCCUUUUCCAAUGAACGUCGGCGACCACGAAGUUCGAUCAGAUGCGCUGAAGGAGCUGGAGGUUUCGAUGACAGGAAACUUCGGGAAAAAAUCCGAACUGUACAAGGUUCAGCGGGAAAGCAAUGACAAGAAUCUUGGCAUCCUUCGUGCUGCGGUCUCAAGAUCGUACACAGUGGAAUGGCGACCUUUGCACCAGUCCGACACGGCGGUGGCGAGCAUCCGGGAUCUAGAGGCAGCACGGCGUGGCUCCACCACACCGUGGAAAUCAAUGCGGUGCCCAACCAGCCCCCUGUGUCUGCGCUGCCAAUGGCCAGAACGUCGUUCUUGGUUUUUGUGUCUGCUGAAGAAGUUGAAGAUGCCCACCAGAGUCGUCAAACUGGUUUUGGGCUUUGCGCGACCUCACCGAGUAGCACGAGCUGUGGACUUGCCACCAUGCACUGAACUCCGUGUGCGUUGGAGGGACCCGUUGGAACAGGAGAUUACACCCGAGGAGCAGGAACAAGAAAGCAGCCAUGGACGGGCAGGAACGGCCAUCUGCGAGUAUUACGACCCAGCAAGCUUGGCCAUGGAACUCCAUGCCAUGACGAUGUACCCCAUUGACCACUUCAAAAUGCUACGUGGCGGGCUGCUUCACUUGGUUGGGGAGUACCAGCUGUUUUGGAGUGCAGUUCUGAAUUUCGCAGACUUCCGCAGCUGUGCCCCACUAGAGGGGCUCUACAAGUGGGGCGAAACUGUUCCACGGCUGGAGUACCGAAGGAUGUGCCAAUGCUUGCAGUUUGGCUUGCCUAAAAUGCAGUCACGCUCCAGAUUUGCACUGCUGAUGUGCAGGGAGCUAUGUGCCGAGCAGAACGACUUGCACACGCUUCCAUGCUGUGCCUAUGCAGAUCUCGAGGAUCAAACUGUCACGGAUGAGCCAAUGCCGCGUUGGUGGAAAGAUGCAGUUCACGAGUGGGACCGUGUGUUCACUCGCAUGUUUGAAUGCAAUGGAGAGCCGAAAGCGAUUGGUUGCUACUACUACUGCUUUGGAGGUUGUGCUGCACCCCCAGAUGGGCCAGAGCAGUGCCCAUAUUGGCAUGACUCACUGUGGGGUGCGCAUGCGUAUGCCUGCAUAUCUUGCCCUCGAAUAUGUGGCUUUUGUGGAGACUUUGCUGACGAGCUCCGCUGUGGAGCCUGCAAGAUGCGUUUUUAUUGUUCAGACGUUUGCCAACGAGAAGAGUGGAAAUACCACAAGGCGGAAUGUCGAAGAGUUAGAUGACAGAGCUGCGCAGCAUUGCUUUGCACUGCACCACCGCGCAUGCUACAGCAGAAAA